AGGUGUGGCCUCUCUUGCUUUCCGUACUGAUUGCCUCUCCGUCAUUGCUGCCAAGAGAUGCAUCGAUAUUAAAUUUUCCUACUUUUACCAACUAACGAUGGCUGCUAAAGGGGGAUCGAGGGGGUUUUAUUUUAACACUGUGUUGUCUUUAGCCCGGUCCUUGGCUGCUCAUCGCCCAGCUCCAAUUGACAAGGUCCAGAAGCUACAAUGCAUGUGUCCAGUGGAUUUCCGUGGCGUUUUCCAGCUAGACGAGAGGAGAAGAGAUGCUGUGAUAGCACUCGGUAUUUUCCUGGUGGAGUCUGAGCUGCAGCACAAAGAUACUAUUGUCCCGUACCUCCUGGGUUUGCUGAAAGGACUGCCGAGAGUGCAAUGGAUUGAAGAAAGCUCUGAGAGGAAGGGGAGAGAAACUCUCCCCGUCGCUGAGAACUUCUGCUUUUGCUUGGUAACUAUGCUUUCAGACGUCGCUCAGAGGGAUGAGACCUUACGAAUCCAGAUUCUGGAGGCUGUGAUGGACCUCAUGCAGGUCCUCCUCGAAAUAUGUCGCAACCCUGACGAUCAAGAUAAAGAAUACCUGUGUCGAUACACUCUGCCAUGUUUGCUGGGUGUGGUGCGAGCGUCGGGGCGGUACAGCAACACAGAUGAACCGCUGCUGUCCAAGCUGUUCCCACGGACCACAGCGCAGCCGGUGACUGCCUCGGACGAGCCGGAGUCAGUGAGGCGGCGCUCUUUCAACGACUUCCGCUCCAUCUUACCCAGCUCGCUGCUCACCGUGUGCCAGAGCGACACGCUGCGCCGCAAAACCAGCAGCGUCUCCAGCAUCUCCCAGCAGGCAAGUCCAGAACGUACAGGAUUGCCUCCAGGCUCUCCUGCUGACCCUUCCGCGCCUUACUUUGAAGGAUCAUACCUACCUGAUGGCAGUGCUGUAGACCCAGACUACUACUUUUCCACCAUCAGCUCCAGUUUCUCUGUGUCUCCGCUCUUCACUGGCAGCAGCACUAGAGGCUUCGAUGUCCCUUUGGACAUGCUGAGGCAUCUCCUUCAGAUGAUUGAACAGUUUGUCGCUGAGACGUUUUUAAAGAAGCUGGAUCAGAUCAUGGUGGAUGUUUUGGAGAGCAAUCCUGGUCAUCAUCUCUUCUACAAAACCUUCAGUGACCCUCUGUAUGUGGCUAUAUUUAAAAUGUUAAGGGACACACUAUACUAUAUGAAAGCCCUGCUAGUCCAUUUACACCAGCCUGCCCUGGAACAGAGAGAGACACAAGCAAGCACGAGUUUGAACCUGCAAACGUCCUUCGUGAAGGAAGUGCACGACUUUGUGCUGGAGCAGUUCAGCAGCAGCCAGUCAGAGCUGCAGCGCAUCCUGCAUGACGUGGAGUCCCUGCACAGCGAGCUGAGCCCGCUGAAGUUACGUUGCCAGGCCAAUGCCGCUUGCGUGGACCUCAUGGUGUGGGCCGUCACAGAGGAACAGGCUGCUGAGAAUCUUUGCACCAAACUGUCAGAGAAGCUACAGUCUAAGACAUCCAGUAAGGUCAUCAUCGCACACAUGCCUCUGCUCAUCUGCUGCCUGCAGGGUCUUGGGAGGCUGGGUGAGCGCUUCCCAGUGGUGGCUCACUCCGUCACCAUGUCUCUGAGAGACUUCCUGGUGGUGCCAUCGCCUGUUCUGGUCAAGCUGUACAAAUACCACAGCCAGUAUGCCAGUGGGGCCGGUGAGAUUAAGAUCCACGUGACCAACGAGCAUUCCCAGUCCACCUUCAGUGCUCACUCCAGUAAGAAAGGCCAGCCGUCCAUGUAUGAGCAGCUACGAGACAUCUCCAUAGACAACAUCUGCAGGUGCCUGAAAGCAGGACUGACCAUGGACUCGGUCAUUGUUGAGGCAUUUCUUGCUAUCCUGUCCAACCGUCUUUACAUCUCACAGGAAAACGACAAGGAUGCUCACCUUAUUCCGGAUCAUACCAUCCGGGCAUUGGGGCACAUCGCGGUGGCGUUGAGGGACCAGCCACGUGUAAUGGAACCCAUCCUGCAGAUCCUGCAGCAGAAGUUCUGUCAGCCGCCCUCCCAGCUCGAUGUGCUGAUCAUUGACCAGUUGGGCUGUAUGGUCAUCACUGGCAAUCAAUACAUAUACCAGGAGGUCUGGAACUUGUUUCAGCAAAUAAGUGUGAAAGCCAGCUCGAUGGUGUAUUCCACCAAAGACUACAAAGAUCAUGGAUACAGGCAUUGCUCCUUGGCCGUGAUUAAUGCUCUGGCUAACAUCGCAGCUAACCUUCAGGCUGAGCAGAAGGUGGACGAGUUACUUGUAAACCUGCUAGAGCUGUUUGUUCAGCUGGGCCUGGAGGGCAAGCGUGCCAGUGAGAGAGCCAGUGAAAAAGGCCCAGCACUUAAGGCUUCAAGCAGUGCUGGUAACUUAGGAGUGCUCAUUCCUGUCAUCGCAGUGCUCACCAGACGUUUACCACCGAUAAAGGAGGCUAAGCCCAGGCUGCAGAAGCUUUUCAGAGACUUCUGGCUCUAUUCAGUCGUCAUGGGCUUUGCAGUGGAGGGAUCAGGUUUAUGGCCAGAGGAAUGGUAUGAGGGUGUGUGUGAAAUUGCCACUAAAUCCCCUUUGCUGACAUUUCCUAGUGGAGAGCCUCUGCGCUCAGAACUGCAGUAUAACUCGGCUCUGAAGAAUGACACAGUCACUCCGGCUGAGUUGAAUGAUUUGCGAAGCACCAUCAUUAACUUACUGGAUCCUCCACCUGAAGUAGCAGCCCUUAUUAAUAAGCUGGACUUUGCCAUGUCUACCUACCUUCUAUCAGUCUACCGGCUGGAAUAUAUGAGAAUGCUGCGCGCCCUGGAUUCAGACCGUUUCCAGGUGAUGUUCCGUUAUUUUGAAGAUCGAGCCAUCCAGAAAGACAAGUCGGGGAUGAUGCAGUGUGUGAUUGUGGUUGGUGACAAGGUCUUUGAUGUCUUCCUUCAAAUGAUGGCAGACAAGCCCAAGACGAAGGCUCAUGAAGAGGAACUGGAGCGGCACGCUCAGUUCCUGCUGGUCAACUUUAAUCACAUCCAUAAACGGAUCAGGCGCGUGGCCGACAAAUACCUCUCAGGCCUGGCUGAAACCUUCCCUCACCUGUUAUGGAGCGGCCGUGUGUUGAAAACAAUGCUGGACAUUUUGCAGACACUGUCCCUUUCGCUCAGCGCUGACAUCCACAAAGAUCAGCCGUAUUAUGACAUCCCAGAUACUCCGUACCGCAUCACCGUUCCUGAUACUUACGAAGCCAGAGAGAGUAUUGUGAAAGACUUUGCUGCACGCUGCGGUGAGAUUCUGAAGGAAGCCAUGAAGUGGGCACCGUCCGUCACUAAAUCUCAUCUACAGGAGUACCUGAACAAGCACCAGAACUGGGUUUCAGGUCUGACUCAGCACACAGGACUUGCUAUGGCUACAGAGAGCAUCCUGCACUUUGCAGGCUACAACCGGCAGAGCACAGCUUUGGGGACCAAUCAGCUCACAGAGAGACCAGCAUGUGUUAAGAAAGAUUACUCCAACUUCAUGGCCUCGCUGAACCUGAGGAAUCGCUAUGCAGGAGAGGUGGCAGGGAUGCUCCACUUUUUAGAGGCGACACGCAGCACCUCAGACCUGAAUAAAAUGAUGCUCCGACAGCUGAACGAGGCUCUGGAAAGGCAGCAGCCAGAAGAAUUUACUGAGGCUAUGUUCAAAAUGGCAGCGCUCCUUAUCACCUCCAAAGACUGCGACCCGCAGCUCCUGCACCACCUGUGCUGGUCCCCACUGAAGAUGUUUACUGAGAAUGGCAUGGAGACAGCUAUAGCCUGCUGGGAAUGGCUUCUAGCAGCUAGGACUGGCGUGGAGGUCCCGUUUAUGCGUGAGAUGGCAGGUGCCUGGCAGAUGACGGUGGAGCAGAAGAUGGGGCUGUUCUCUGUGGCAGAAGUGGAAGCUGACCCACUGGCAGCGUCUGAGGAGAGCCAGCCCAAGCCCUGUGCCCCCAACGUCAUCCCCCAUUACGUCUGGAUCGAGUUCCUUGUCCAGCGCUUUGAAAUCGCAAAGUACUGCAGUGCGGACCAGGUGGAGAUUUUUGGCAGCUUGCUGCAGAGGUCGCUGUCUCUCAUGGUGGGAGGCCCGAAAAGCAGCCUGAACCGGCACGUGGCAGCUAUCGGACCUCGCUUCAGGUUGCUGACUCUCGGUCUUUCACUGCUUCAUUCUGAUGUGGUUAGCAACGCCACCAUCCGCAAUGUGCUUAGAGAGAAGAUCUACUCAACUGCCUUUGAUUACUUCAGCGUGGCAUCCAAAUUCCCCACUCAGGGGGACAAGCGUCUGCGGGAGGACAUCAGUGUCAUGAUCAAGUUCUAUGCCAGCAUCCUCUCAGACAAGAAGUACCUUGCCGCUAGUCAGCUUGUGCCACCGGGUGAGCCUGGCGCCAAUCCCCCUCAAAGCUCCCUAUCCGCCGGGAUUUUCGGAUCGCUUAUCGUUUCCAGCACUUCUCCGAUAUCGAUCUUAAACAAUCAAGACCCGUCGCUGAACAGCCUGUCGGUGAUGACUGCUGCCGACCCCAGGAACACCAUGGACAUGUCAGUAGGCACACGCCAACAGAGUGGCCAGGGCUGGAUCAACACCUACCCACUGUCCAGCGGAAUGUCCACUACUUCAAAGAAAUCUGGAAUAUCAAAGAAGAGUAAUAGAGGCACUCAGCUGCACAAGUACUACAUGAAGCGCAGAACACUACUACUGGCUUUACUGGCAAGUGAGAUUGAGCGUCUGACCACGUGGUACAACCCACUGUCUGCCCAGGAGCUGGCCAUCUUUACAGAACAGUCCGUAGAGACCAGUAUUGCUAAUUGGAGGUCCAAGUAUAUCACUCUGAGUGAGAAACAAUGGAAGGACAAUGUCAACCUGGCCUGGAGUAUCUCUCCCUACCUUGCCUUGCAUCUCCCAUCCAGGUUCAAAAACACAGAGGCCAUUGUUGCUGAAGUGACCCGGCUGGUUCGGCUGGACCCUGGCGCUGUCAGCGAUGUCCCAGAGGCAGUUAAGUUCCUGGUGACAUGGCACACCAUUGAUGCUGACUCGCCCGAACUGAGCCACAUCCUGUGUUGGGCCCCUGCUGACCCCCCAACUGGCCUGUCGUAUUUCUCCAGCAUGUACCCUCCUCACCCCCUUACCGCCCAGUACGGAGUCAAAGUGCUGCGCUCUUUCCCUCCAGAUGCAAUUCUGUUCUACAUUCCACAAAUUGUGCAAGCACUCCGGUAUGACAAGAUGGGGUAUGUGCGCGAAUACAUACUGUGGGCUGCACAGAAAUCCCAGCUGCUUGCACAUCAGUUCAUUUGGAACAUGAAGACCAACAUCUACCUGGAUGAGGAGGGUCACCAGAAAGACCCGGACAUUGGAGAGCUGCUGGAACAGAUGAUGGAGGAGAUCACAAGCUCUCUGUCUGGCCCAGCUAAAGACUUCUACCAGCGCGAGUUUGACUUCUUCAACAAGAUCACCAAUGUCUCUGCCAUUAUUAAGCCGGUUCCUAAAGGCGAGGAGAGGAAAAGAGCUUGCCUCAAAGCCUUGUCUGAUAUCAAAGUUCAGCCAGGCUGCUACUUACCAAGCAAUCCUGAAGCCAUUGUUCUGGAUAUUGACUAUGAGUCAGGAACUCCCAUGCAGAGUGCUGCCAAAGCUCCUUAUCUGGCAAAGUUCAAAGUCAAGCGAUGUGGAGUGAGUGAGCUUGAGAAAGAAGGUCUGCGAUCCCUCAGCGAUUCUGUAGAUGACGGCGAAGAAAACUCUGAAGCCGCUCAGAAGGUCUGCUGGCAAGCGGCCAUUUUUAAAGUAGGAGACGACUGCAGGCAGGACAUGCUGGCACUACAGAUCAUUGGGCUCUUUAAGAACAUAUUCGAGCUAGUGGGGCUCGACCUGUUUGUGUUCCCAUACAGGGUUGUUGCUACGGCCCCUGGAUGUGGUGUAAUUGAGUGUAUCCCGGACUGUAAGUCUCGUGAUCAGCUGGGCAGGCAGACCGACUUCGGCAUGUAUGACUACUUUAGAAACAAGUAUGGCGACGAGUCCACUCUGGCUUUCCAGAAGGCGCGAUAUAAUUUCAUCCGCAGCAUGGCUGCCUACAGCCUGCUCCUCUUCCUGCUGCAGAUCAAAGACCGGCACAACGGAAACAUCAUGCUGGACAGCAAGGGCCAUCUGAUUCACAUCGAUUUUGGCUUUAUGUUCGAGAGCUCUCCGGGUGGAAACCUGGGCUGGGAGCCGGACAUCAAGCUGACCGACGAGAUGGUGAUGAUCAUGGGGGGCAAAAUGGAGGCCACUCCGUUUAAGUGGUUCAUGGAGAUGUGCGUGCGUGGAUAUCUUGCUGUAAGGCCAUAUAUGGAUUCUGUGGUGUCAUUGGUGACCUUGAUGCUGGAUACUGGCCUUCCAUGCUUCAGAGGACAGACCAUAAAACUGCUCAAACAAAGGUUCAAUCCAAACAUGAGUGAAAAGGAUGCUGCGGCAUUUAUGAUUAAAGUCAUCGAGCGUUGCUUCCUCAGCAGCAGGAGUAAAACCUAUGACAUGCUACAGUAUUACCAAAACCAGAUCCCAUACUGAUGUCACUACACUUCAUCCUCCUUCAGUCCAUAAUUAUGUAUGCCUCUUAGCUGUCCCCCUUUCUCUGGCAUCAGUGGCCAUAUCAGACAAAAUGUCCAUAUAUAUAUAUAUAUAUAUAUAUAUAUAU